ACAAUAGAAAAAAAAUGCUUUAGAAUUUCUAAUUCAGAAGUGUUUCACGAGGGCAGAUGCAUUUACAAAUGGUAGUGUCCAGUAUACUGUAGGAUGUACAUACGACAUGGUGCCGACUGUUGCAAACGGAACGUUUUGUUCCCAAGUGUGUGGUGAAAACUUGUGUAAUCUAGACAAAUGUCAGCUUCCAGUAUCUCCGAGAUGCAAUAUAACAAAACCACCGAGAUGCUUAUCCUGUGAUUUGAUAAGUGACCCAGGUCAAUGCAGCAAUCUUAUACAAUGCAAAAAAGACGAGAUGUGUUUCGUGCGAAAAGUUACCACCUAUGGAAAUGCACGAUACCGCUUGGGAUGUAUGAAUAAUAAGCACUGUUUGGGGGUAUCGACCGACCACCAUGUAUCGUCAGCAAUUGUUGGAAAGCGUUCUGAUCCACCAGAUUCAUGUUCCUUGUGUUGUUCAAAGGAUCAUUGUAAUGCGAAAGUUUGCGGCCAACAGCAAACUUCAUUAUCUAUGUCAGAUGAUCGAACAUACAAUCUACAACUCCUUGGUGAUCACCAAAUAUGUUUCGAUUUCAAUCCGACGGCCUGUGCUACCUUUGGCAACCUUGAUCCCGAAGCCUGUAAAGUAAUGGCUAAUGUGGACAGUCUUUGUCCUGAAUCGUGCGGAAUGUGCGAUGGUACAUCCAUGGUCAGUGGUCUGAUUGGGGAAAAUGGAGUGACUGCUCAGAGUCUUGUGAAAUCGGAACAAAAACACGUCACAGAAGCUGUGACAAUCCUUAGCCCAAAUUCGGUGGUAUGA